AUGUGCCAGAGACAAUUUAAUCAAACUGCGUACAGAACAGCUACAACCACCAUCACAUGUAAUUACACAGGAAACAAAUACAAGUUCUUCUGCAAACAGAACGGUUCAAUCUGUGAGGAUAUUUUAUCAACAAAAUCCUCUCUGAAGUCAAACGGGACAUUCACUCUCACAGAAACCAAGAGUAGCUUCAGCGUGUCCAUCAGUAACGUGUCCUCACAUGAUGCUGGUGUCUACUGGUGUGGAGUGGAAAUACGUGAAGGAAGUUACAGAGCUGCUCUCAGAAAGAUACAGCUGGAGGUUGAAGAUAUUACUAACCUCACAAAGUCUCUAACUGUUGGACAGGAUCUUAUUUACCAGUGUCCAUAUCCAAAUGGUGCUCUGAUAAAUAAAUUCAUCUGUAAGGGAGAAGAUCCAUCUAUAUGUAAACCUCUAUUAAGCAUCGCACAGCGCAACAAGAAAACUGGGAGGUUUUCCAUCAAGGAGGACAAUCAGAAGAGAAAUAUCACCAUAACAGUGAGAGGAGUAACAACAGACGACACUGGGACAUACUGGUGUGGAGCAAAAAGCUCUGAUGAAACACGCAGUAACCCAUUCUUCCAUAAACUGGUGAUGACUGUAGGGCUGGGACAAAACGGUGAUGGCUUUUGGUAUAAUAAUUCUACAACUAUAACCAUUGCUGCGGUCAUCUGUGUAGCUGUGCUGGUGCUUGGGCUUAUUUUUGUUCUCAUCUACAAACGAUUUAAGCGUUCAAAAAACACAAUAAAUGAGGAAGCACAGUACAACGAUGAGGAUUGUGCCUAUGAGGAGAUACAGGAGCUCCCCCAGAUGCCAGGUUCAGGAAGUGCACUUAAAUCUGUUUACGCCACUGCCAACUUUCCCACAAACCCAUCUUCUGCCUCACAGCAUUACUACAACAUCAAUAUUCAAAGUUAGUGUGGUGACACAUCAUGCUGUGAGGAACAAUGGCCAAUUUCCCAUCCAAUCGACUGUCAAUCACCCAACCAGGACUUCCAAAGACACUUUUUAUUCUUUUUAUUGUGACAGUUAAUUGUAUAUUGAUGUAAUAUUUUUACUGGACUUAAUUUGAGGUUUAGUUGCAGAGUGUCAAUCAACUAACAUCUCAAAAAGGAAUUAAUUUAAU